CAGCCUGCAGGGUUCAGGAAGGGGCACGAGCAUGGAGCGGCUUUGGGGUCUACUCCAGAGAGCGCAACAGUUGUCCCCACGACCCUCUCAGACCAUCUACAAGCGUGUGGAAAGCACUCAGCAGGGGCACCUGGAGGAGGAAGAGGAGGACGGAGAGGAGGGGCCUGAGGCACGGGCCCACUUCUGCCCCAUGGAGCUGACCGGCCCUGAGCCCCUGGGCUCUAGACCAGGGCAGCAAAACCUGGUACCCUGGGCAGCAGCAGGACGAAGGGCUGCCCCCUACCUGGUCCUGACAGCCUUACUGAUCUUCACUGGGGCCUUUCUUCUGGGUUACGUGGCCUUCCGAGGGUCCUGCCAGGCAUGCGGGGACUCCGUGUUGGUGGUCAGUGAGGACGUCAACUAUGAGUCCGGGCUGGACUCCCGCCAGGGCACGUUGUACUGGAGUGACCUCCAGGCCAUGUUCCUGCGGCUCCUGGAGGAGGGGCGCCUGGAAGACACCAUUAGGCAAACCAGCCUUCGGGAACGGGUGGCCGGCUCAGCCGGGAUGGCCGCCCUGACUCAGGACAUCAGCGCGGCGCUGUCGCGCCAGAAGCUGGACCACGUGUGGACCGACACGCACUACGUGGGGCUGCAGUUCCCCGACCCGGCUCACCCCAACACCCUGCACUGGGUCGAUGCGGCCGGAAAGGCCGGGGAGCAGCUGCCGCUGGAGGACCCCGAUGCCUACUGUCCCUACAGCGCCACCGGCAACACCACGGGAGAACUGGUGUACGCCAACUAUGGGCGGCCGCAGGAUCUGCAGGAGCUGCGCGCCAGGGGCGUGGAGCCGGCGGGCCGCCUCCUGCUGGUGCGCGUGGGGGUGACCAGCUUUGCGCAGAAGGUGGCCAGUGCCCAGGACUUUGGGGCCCGAGGAGUGCUCAUAUACCCCGACCCAGCAGACUUCUCCCAGGACCCACUUAAGCUGAGCCUGUCCAGCCACCGGGCUGUGUAUGGACAUGUGCACCUGGGAACUGGGGACCCCUACACACCUGGCUUUCCUUCCUUCAAUCAAACCCAGUUCCCUCCAGUUGAAUCCUCUGGCCUCCCCAGCAUCCCAGCCCAGCCCAUCAGUGCAGACAUCGCCUCCCACCUGCUGAGGAAGCUUGAAGGCCCUGUGGCCCCCCAGGAAUGGCAGGGGCACCUCCCAGGCUCCCCUUAUCGCCUGGGUCCCGGGCCAGGCCUGCAGCUAGGGGUCAACAACCACAAGGUUUCCACCCCCAUCAGCAACAUCUUUGGCUGCAUCGAGGGCUUCUCAGAGCCAGAUCACUAUGUUGUCAUCGGGGCCCAGAGGGAUGCAUGGGGCCCAGGAGCAGCCAAGUCUGCUGUGGGGACUGCCAUACUGCUGGAGCUGGUGCGGACCUUUUCCUCCAUGCUGAGCAAUGGAUUCCGGCCCCGCAGGAGUCUUCUCUUCAUCAGCUGGGAUGGAGGCGACUUUGGGAGUGUGGGCUCCACGGAGUGGCUGGAGGGCUACCUCAGCGUGCUGCACCUCAAAGCCGUAGUCUAUGUGAGCCUGGACAACGCAGUGCUGGGUGAUGACAAGUUCCACGCCAAGACCAGCCCCCUUCUGAUCAGCCUCAUUGAGAACAUCCUGAAGCAGGUGGACUCUCCUAACCACAGUGGACAGACCCUCCAUGAGCAGUUGGUGUUCACCAAUUCCAGCUGGGAUGCUGAGGUGAUCCAGCCCCUGCCCAUGGACAGCAGCGCCUAUUCCUUCACUGCCUUUGUGGGGGUCCCUGCCGUGGAGUUCUCCUUUAUGGAGGACGACCAGGCCUACCCGUUCCUGCACACGAAGGAGGACACAUAUGAGAACCUGCACAAAAUGCUGCGAGGCCGUCUGCCCGCAGUGGCCCAGGCUGUGGCCCAGCUGGCUGGGCAGCUCCUCAUCCGGCUCAGCCACGAUCACCUUCUGCCCCUGGACUUUGGCCGCUACGGGGACGUGGUCCUCAGGCACAUCGGCAGCCUCAACGAGUACUCUGGGGACCUCAAGGCCCGCGGGCUGACUCUGCAGUGGGUGUACUCUGCGCGGGGGGACUACAUCCGGGCCGCGGAGAAGCUGCGGAAGGAGAUCUACAGCUCGGAGCAAAGCGACGAGAGGCUGAUGCGCAUGUACAACGUGCGCAUUAUGCGGGUGGAGUUCUACUUCCUGUCACAGUAUGUGUCGCCGGCCGACUCCCCUUUCCGCCACAUCUUCCUGGGCCAUGGAGACCACACGCUGGGAGCCCUGCUCGACCACCUGCGGCUGCUGCGCACCGGCGGCUCCGGGGUCCCUGAGGCCAGAUCCUCAGCGGCGGCGCCCGGCCUAGGCUUCCAGGAGAGCCGCUUCCGGCGCCAGCUGGCCCUGCUCACCUGGACCCUGCAGGGGGCAGCCAACGCGCUUAGCGGGGACGUCUGGAACAUUGAUAACAACUUCUGAGGCUCCACUGCCAAGGGGCUCCACAUACCCCUGCCCCCCUGCCCAGAAUUCCUCCUCUCCCCGUUUGAGCGAUGCAGGGUGAUGGAGGCAGCCCACGCACAGAUUUCUUAUUGGCCUUUCUUGUCUCUGUGGGGACCGGACCCUAGCGCAGACACCCACACACCCCUGGGCCCUGCAGUGUAAGCGAACGGUCCUUCCAUAAUGUGAAGGUCAUACUUUCGAUUAAUCACAGAAUAGCGUCCCUUCUGUCAAUCACAGCCCCUUCCCCCUUCAGGAGCAAGGUCCCCCAUACCUAGAGACCACUCUGGAAGGUUUGCUGGGACCUGGCCAGCUGUCUUACUGUGAGAGAUCUCUGGUACCAUACCUUUAUGGCCAAUAGGAGGUCUGUGGGGAGGGGCAUAGUGUUUGGAAAUCAAUAAACCACCUAGUGACAUCUGUUGUUCAUAAGCACCUUCAGGUUUCUUCCUUGCCCGCAUCCCCACCCCAUUGUCCAUCCCUUGAGACCUAGGGAAGAGCUGAGCAGAAGGGACCAGAAAGGAUGCAUGUGGGAAUGCUGUCUCCACGGGGAAAACUGAGCUUUUCCUGUUACCCAAGGAAACUGCCUAAGGAGAUAACACAGGUCCAUUCUCCAAAGACCACUGUGGGGUGGGGACUGGCCCUGUAUCUUCUCCUGGGGCCAGGGAUUUGCAAGUCCUUGUGCAAAAUGAAAACAGAGUCUCUUGUUCAAAAAGCAGAAACAAAACUUUUUUUUCUUCCA